AUGGCCUCUACUAUACGAUAUGGUGUUCUUACUUUAUUACAUACAGCAUGCGGAGCAGGAAUAUUGGCAAUGCCAUACGCUUUCAAACCAUUCGGCCUAAUCCCUGGGUUUAUAAUGAUAGCGAUAUGUGGUCUUUGCUCCCUAUGGGGGCUCAUAUUACAAGCAAGGGUUACUAAAUAUUCGAAAACUGAUGAUAAUGAUGAUACUGCUAAUGAUAGAUCAGUCUCGUUUUUCAGUCUAACACAGAUAAUUAAUCCAAAUCUGAGCGUCAUUUUCGAUUUGGCAAUUGCAAUCAAAUGUUUCGGUGUGGGUGUAUCAUAUAUGAUUGUAGUGGGUGAUUUAAUGCCUCAAAUUUUGUCACAUUUAAUACCAGAAUCACAUUCAACUUCUUCACUUUUAUUAAGUAGAAAUUUCCACAUUACAAUCAUGAUGCUUUGUAUUGUGUCUCCAUUAUGUUUUAUGAAAAAUCUAAGCUCGUUAAGAUAUGCAUCAAUGGUAGCAAUUUCGUCCGUGGUGUACCUUUGUGUAUUAGUGGUUUUCCAUUUCUUAUCCCCAUCUCAAGAAAUUAAAGAUUUAAAAGGUGAACUAUCGUAUUGGUUACCUAAUAACGAACCUUCACCCUUAGUGACACUCCCAAUUUUUGUCUUUGCUUACACAUGCCAUCAUAAUAUGUUUUCAGUAAUAAAUGAACAAAUUGAUAAUUCAUUCCAUAAUAUCAAGAAAUUAGCAAUAAUUGCCAUGUCUUUGGCAUUUUCAUUAUAUAUCAUCAUAGGUGGAUCUGGUUACUAUACUUUCGGAGAUAAUAUUGUUGGUAACAUCAUCACCUUAUAUCCUCAAUCAGUAUCGUCUACAAUUGGUAGAAUGGCAAUCGUAUUUUUAGUUACAUUAGCAUUCCCAUUACAAUGUCACCCAGCAAGGGCUUCAAUCCAUCAUAUCAUCUUGUACAUAACAAUGAAAAUUAAUGAUGCAAAAGAAAUCAAACCAUCCAAUCCGCAACAAGAACCUUUAGCACUAAGUGCUAAUAAUCAGGAAAGAGCAAUGUUAAUUAGAAGUGAAAGAAGUGAUACAUUAAUAGAAGAAGAAUCACCGUUGCAACCUGUAACAGUGCCUCUGGAAGGAAAACAAUUUAUCCUUAUUACCACGUCAAUAUUGAUCUGCUCAUAUCUUUUGGCCAUUUCAGUCUCUUCUUUGGCUCAUGUAUUGGCAAUUGUUGGUGCCACUGGUUCUACAUCAAUUUCUUUUAUCUUACCAGGUGUCUUUGGUUACAAAUUGAUUGGAUCUGAGAUGUUGACGACAGAACAAUUGCCUAUAAAAACAAGGCUAUUUAAAUAUUCAGGCUUGUUAUUAUCUAUAUGGGGUGUUUUUAUUAUGAUAACAUCUCUUGCUGCAUCUAUAUUGUUGGGUGCAUCACAUUGA